CGACAACCGCUUGUACAUAACUUCUAGCUUUCCGCUUGUUACAACUCAUUAACUUUCAGACAGACGCUUCUAUCAUCGUACUAUAAAGCUAUCUUGCAAGGAGCCUCAUUACAAGCCAUUGACGGCUGACAUAUACCAACACCUUUUUAACGCAGUUCUUCAUAAGCGUAUCUUAUAAUGGCAGCAGCAGCACAGCCUACAAUUGAUGAGCUAGAGAAGAAGGAGGAGGACGAGUACCGCACAGGGCCAUUGUCGGUCUUGACUCAGAGCGUCAAGACCAAUGGCCAGGUCCUUAUCAACUGCAGAAACAACCAUAAGCUGCUGGCGCGUGUAAAGGCCUUCGAUCGCCACUGCAACAUGAUUCUGGAGAACGUCAAGGAGAUGUGGACGGAGAUUCCCAAGACGGGGAAAGGGCAAAAGGCUUCUCGACCAGUAAACAAGGAUCGCUUUGUCAGCAAAAUGUUCCUGCGGGGAGACUCCGUCAUCAUGGUCCUGCGCAACCCCAAGUAAUGUGGAGAUCGUGCGCUUGGAGCGGUCUCCCGCUUUGGAACUUGGCAGUUACUGGAUAGGUACAGCAGUAAUAUGGAGAUGGCGGCUUACAGGGUCUUCAGAGCAAUGGGAUUGACGGUAUGGGGGUGAAACCCUGGGACGCCGAUGGCGGCAAUGCCCCUCUGCCCUUGGUGGGGUGUAGCGGCAGACGUAGUUGCCGUAUAGGAUGGUUGUAAGGAGGUUGUACUCUGGUAGAAUCUGGGAGAGGUUAUGCCUCCUGAUAUGUUGGCAUGACUCUAAAUUGCGAAGGUUACAAGGGGGACCGGAGGGUCAUCGCUUCCCUUCGGGUUUGCGUUCUUGAGACAUGACGAAUGCCGGCCCCAGGCAUGCUUUAUGGACUGGCGUAGGUAAUAUGAUAGUGCAACACACUGUCGGGACGUGAGCUUUGCUACGUUGUUGAUGAUAGACGAGGCCGUGUCUCUUUAUGUGCCGUACUGCAUUUCCGUACGGGGUACGACCUGGCCUGUUGCCUGGGGUGCUGUGUGUUGGGCUCGCAGGUGGGAGGGACUGCUUUGGUUCUGUGUGGGGAAUACGGGCUUAGGCUUGGGUGCUUCUGCACCCUUCCCCUUUCCCUUACAAUCGGGCAUGUAAGUCCUGGCACGGAUGGUGGCCUGAGUUGUACGACACAAUUGCCAUGCUGUAUAUUGUGCUUACGUGGCGAAGGGUCCUUUGCCUUUUGUUAACACAUCAACCAGCAGAUUACAGUACUGGUGCUAUUCUGGUGCUAUUCUGAAGGAAAAUGGUAGUAGUGUAGAAGCAAGGAUCUGAGGGUGGCUUGCCGUGGGCCCUGUGCCAAGGUGGGGGGGUAUGGGCGAUGCCAUCAGCAUUCAAGCUACAGGUAUGACCCCUUGCAGACGGUAGGCCGUUCCAGCGCUGUCAACGUCUGAUAGUGUCGGGCCCUCUCCCCUACGAUACUUGGUAUUGCGAAUAGCUUGCAUCACCACUUCAGAC